AAAGUACUUCAGUGUGUGCACAGCGGCCGGCCGGCGUGCAUAGUCGUUGAUAGUGGUGUUCGCGUUCUUGGGAACCGCGAGCGCUUUCCGCGCGCGAAAUCGUGCUCAUCUGCUCUUCGUGCUUAUUUUUAUCGAUGUCCGUACGAAGCGAGAGCUAAAUUGAACGAUCACAGGCGACCGCCGUCUUUGUGCUCCGAACGGCGCCGGGCCCCAGUGGCCCGGUGGCUCUCGGCUUUCUCGCUUGUCAGUUCGGACUCCGCGGGGAAGCAUGCGAUUAUGGAGCUUGCAGGCUCAUCCCGGGGACGAGCCGGCUGCGACGUCUGCACGGGCGUUACCCUUCGACGACGGCAGUUUGCCUCGCGUAAUAAUCGUCGCAAGUCGCACGACCAAAGUCAGUACUUCCUCGAAUCAGCGAAGGUAUAUUCUCGAGAAAAAGGGAGAGGAAGCAAGAGACAGAACACAAGAGAGAGACAAAGAGAGAGAGAGAAGGAGAGAAGUACACAAAGCGUCAUCGUAUCGAAGGGUCAAGCUGUGCCAAGAUAGCAUUUAUUAACGAGGCGGCAGAUUAAAAAUCCUGGGCCGAGAGCUCCGGCAAAAAAAAAAAGUCAAGAAGCAUACUGAUUUUGAUUGUCAUAUGAGAUCGAUUGAGAAGAAUUCCUAAAUUCUUGUAUUCGCAAUUUCUCGAGUUACAUUGCUCGACCUUCUAUGAUCUUUGCAUCAACUCCAUCGCGUAGGUGACACGCACUUGCCGGCGUGGCGUUGUGUUGAGAGUGCGAAUUUCUGUGGAGUAAAAAAAAAAGUAGAUGCGGUAGGCGGCGGUUGACAGCUCGGCGAGUUUGACGGGAAUUGGGGAGUACAAAAGUGUGCGUACAAGCGUGCAUCGGAGGGGGGCGCAAUGACGCGAGGAAGAAACGUAUUAUGAGGAGAAGAUGAAGAGGAAAGGAUAGAGAGAUAUUUGGCGAAGUAAAAGUAGAAAAAAAAGAGUGCGAGCGUAAGCGGCAGAUACGCGAAACUGGCGGCCCAAGCACGUGACAGCGGCUCCCGUGGGUCUCGGACCCGCCGCCGAGCCAAUGGUGGGUCGCUCUCCAGCCGGGGCAGCACCACGGAGAUGCAAUGCGGUCUGUGCGCGGUCGUCGCUGGUCUGUUCCGCCGGGCUAUGUGUAUCGCAGGCAGUCGCCGCGGCUCCGGAGAGUCCUGUUAUCAGGAGCUGGCCACGGAUAUGCAGGAGCGACGGCACUCGCAGGUGGAAGACGCGGAAAUCGAGCCCGUUAAAGCAAGCGAAAUCGCGAAGAGAGUGAAAAACGGUCAAGCGGAAGAGAGGCGAACUGGCGAGGUAACGGUAGACAGCGAGGGACAGAAUGCGGUGUUUGUGUGUAUUUCCGAUAGCAGCUUAUUUCGUAAUUCUGGUGCAUCGACCACGUUACCAGAAGUCCAUGAUGGAUUAUCUACGGCAGAAGCAGCAUUCAGACGUUUAUCGGAUGCGGAACAAAUUCUGCUGGAGAGUCUGGACGUCGAUCGAUAUAGGCCCAGGCAUACAGGUCGAUUUCUGACGAUGCAUAAGAGACGGCGUAAGAAGCUUACUACCAGAUCCUUGAAUCAGGAACCAGGUAUCUUGGACGACAUAUUCCACGGACUGGUGCAGUGCGUGUUACAAAGAGCUGGAAACUGGCGCUUUAAUGCUUUCACGUUGGAAACAGUCACGGGUGGUCGUUCGCUGCCAGUAUUAUGUGUCCAUCUCUUCCAUUGUUAUGGACUUUUUCAACACUUCAGUUUGGAUGUCGUAACAGUAUGGAAGUUAUUCGCUUUUAUCGAGGAGGGUUAUCACAGUACAAAUCCUUACCACAACAGUAUACAUGCCACGGAUGUCACUCAGGCAAUGCAUUGCUUCCUCCAAGAAAAAAAGAUUAAAACACAUCUAACCAAUUUAGAAAUUAUGGCUUCCUUGAUAGCGGCUGUAACGCAUGACUUAGAUCAUCCGGGUGUCAAUCAACCAUUUUUGGUCGCAACGAGUAAUCAUUUAGCUGCGCUUUAUCAGAAUACUUCUGUUCUUGAAAAUCAUCACUGGAGAUCGGCUAUAGGAUGUCUUCUAGAAAGCGGUGUUUCAGCACAACUACCGGCCGACGUGAGACCAGAACUUCAACGGCAUAUCAGUUCACUGAUCUUAGCGACAGAUAUUACAAGACAACAGGAAUUUCUCACGCGCUUCAGGGAUUACUUGAGCAACAAUUCACUCGAGAUGAAACGCGCGGAAGAUCGUCAUUUCAUCCUGCAAAUAGCCCUGAAAUGCGCGGACAUUUCCAAUCCGUGUAGGCCGUGGGACAUAUCCAGGAAAUGGUCUUACAAGGUUUGCGAGGAGUUCUUCAGGCAGGGUGAUUACGAGCGUCGUUUGAAUCUUCCGGUGACGCCGUUGUGCGAUCGACACACCACCAGCAUCCCAAAAAUCCAAGCUGGUUUUUUCAAGCACGUCGUCACCCCGCUCUACGUGGAGUGGCAUCGUUUCCUCGGUGACGGUCUGAGCGUGUCGUUAAUGGAAUAUUUGAAGAUGAAUCAGAAAAAAUGGGAGGCGUUGAUCAACCAGGAGAUAACCGAGGAGAAAGAGGCCGAGAUCUCCGAGCUGGACGAGCCCGAGGGCGCGAUCAGUUCGGGCGAAGAAACGGCCGCCGAUGAAGAUUCGGGCAGCAUCGAUCUGCUGAUACCGGCGACUUACGUGCAAACGGCGCGAAUGCCGACGCUGCCAGGACGAGUUGGCCUCGAUCGCGUCGGCAGACGUCAUUCCGUUCCUCUGAGCGUAUCGAAGCCAUUGCAAUUGCCCUUAAGCCAGACCACCAGGAGAGAGAGUUUGCCGAGCGAGCAGGUCAAGGCGAAAAAUCCAUUCUGGAAGAUAGAGGAUCAAAGUUUGUUGGAGCCGAGCUCGCUGUCCCUAUUGUCUUCCAAAAGUAACAUGUCCGAGUCACCGAACGUUAGCGCCGAGAGACCGGUUAGCGCGGAGAAUCUCCUACCGGAGCCGAGUAUAGCCAGUAUUACGAGCAGCGCCGAAGCAUCGAGAUUGAAUACAGUGCUGCAACCGGAUCAGUACGGCGCGGCGCAUACCAAGCACCUCACGCGGCAGCAGACCUUCCCGCCGAUUCAGCCACCGUGCGUGAGAACGAGGUACAUGUCCGCGACCGCGGAAAUGACGCAGUGCUACACGCAGAUGCUGGUCGAGGAAGCCGACGAUUCCGUCAGCUCGUCGAGCCGCACGAUAGAAAAAUCGUGUUCGAGCGGCCGGUACUGCUCGUACGAUCCCAGCUCGCGUCAUCAGAGGAAAUCCAGCGUGUCGAGCGCGCUCUCCAAGGAGUCGGAUGUGUCUGUCAAAAGACAAGGCUUGACUUUGUUGGAUCCAACAAAACAGAAGCAUACUGUCAAUUCGCAGCGUCGCCAUUCUAUACAGAUUGUUCGUACCGACGAUACUUUUUCUAAGCAUAAGCAUAAAAGGCCUUCCUCCGCUCAAGAUCCAGAUCCCACGCAGAUGUUCUACGCUACGUUAACGGGCUCUCACAGCGACAAGAGCAAAUGUGUUCCUGAUAAGUGUAUCGCGGAAUGUAGGUCGAAUUUAGAUUGCAAUACCGAGUCUAGGUGUCGCGACGCGAGAUUAACGGUUCAAGAACUGCAAACUACUGCGUUGCUGUCCAAAAAAUUAGACCAAUCUACUUCAUCGGCUGCGAGCGCAUAUUCCGAAGAGCCGCGAAGAUACUCGACUUCUGUCACAGAAUAUAAAACGAUAACGGUCGACCAAGCAGGUAGACGGUACACCACAAUACCCGUGUCUUCUGAGCUUAGCACUCACAAAGUGUUCUUUAUCGGUAGUCCUCCCGAUUCGCCUCCUAAUCAUAGUGUAUCUUCGUCGAGUGACAGUGGUAGUGAGCCAAAAAGAAGUAUCGAUGAUUCGAGUAAGGAAGCCGUUGUUGUCAGUGGCAAUAGAAAGGAGUUGGAUUGUGUGAAAGAAAAAAAUUCAAAGGUCUCGAAGUUCAGUUCCGAUGCGCAAAUGAAGGAAAAUGUUGAUCCCCGUGCGAAUGACGACUUCGCUAAAGCGUUAUCUCGUAGAGGCAAUCAGGGAUGGGCGAAAAGACGCGGAUCAGCCCCAGUUGGUCUUUUAUCGAGAUUGGAUGAUUUUACUUCAACGAACACAUCUACCAUAGUUGAUCAUAAUUGUAGACGUGGAUCAGUACCAACUGAUAUUACUAAACAUCAAGGUGGAAGUUGUAACCGGUUAACUCUAGGAUAUCGAGGAGACAAUUUAUCGGAUCUACGAAGAGCUAGUCUUCCGCAAGAGACUGCAUUAGAAAAUCUUUUGGAAAAUGUCCUCACUUUAACCAGCGAGCGGGAAAGCAUUUCAAUAAACAACAAUAAUAAUAACAACAAUAACAGUAACCGCAGCAACAAUAACGGCAUUAGUAAAUUUGAUAGUAUCGUGUCCGGGAUGCUCUCUCCGAGACGAGGAUCAAUACCAGCAGACAUAUCCGAAUUACGUCGCGAUCUAUUUAGUAGAAAUAAUGUAAAUAAUAAACCGCGAAACCGCAAAAAGAUUUUAAGAAGACGAAGUAGUGGUGGCCCGGAGAUGUUCACCGGUGGAUCUACCGACGGGAACGACAAUGGUACGUGGCUCAAGUGGAAGAGAGAAAUAGGAAAGCGCGAUCCGGUUCCCGAAGCAUUUGUCAAACGGAGGGGAUCUCUACCCAUAGAGAUGGUGGCUGUUUCACAUGCUGGAUCAACCUCGGCACCACGUAGAUCUAGCUUGUGGCGGUUUUAGUAUGCUGUAGAAAAAUAAGGACCGUCCAUGCUACCAGCGAUUAAACGUCAAAGCACGACAACAGUCUUUCCUUGAAUUAUGAAUCAGCGGUAACAUCAGCGACGAUUGAUUACUGAUUUUUAAAAUUGUCAAUAUUAAAGACAUUUUUGUCGAUUGUAAAUGUGAGGAGCAAGUGAGCAUGUGAAUAUUGUAACUAUAUUUUUCAUGAUUUUAAACAGUGUUGCGAGGACGAUAAAUCAAUUUGUACU